GGCGAGCUGUCACCGUGGACCGAGGCGGCGGGACCGCGCCGGUAGCGUAGCCGCCGAGGAGGGUCACGCAGCACAAUGCCAGCUCUGCCCCUGGAUCAACUCCAGAUCACCCGAAAGGACCUGAAGACAGGAAAGCUGAGGACUUCACCAGCACUGCACCCCGAGCAGAAGGCAGACCGGUAUUUUGUGUUAUACAAACCGCCCCCUAAAGACAACAUUCCCGCCCUAGUGGAGGAGUACCUGGAACGCGCCACCUUCGUAGCCAAUGACCUCGACUGGCUCCUGGCCUUGCCUCACGAUAAAUUCUGGUGCCAGGUUAUCUUUGACGAGACGCUGCAGAAGUGCCUGGACUCUUACCUACACUAUGUUCCCCGAAAGUUCGAUGAAUGGGUGGCCCCAGCUCCUGAGGUUGUGGACAUGCAAAAGCGCCUCCAUCGGAGUGUUUUUCUCACCUUCCUCCGCAUGUCCACGCACAAAGAAUCCAAAGAUCAUUUCUUUUCGCCCUCUGCAUUUGGAGAAAUUCUCUAUAAUAACUUCCUGUUCGACAUCCCAAAGAUCCUGGACCUCUGUGUACUCUUUGGAAAAGGCAACUCACCACUCCUCCAGAAGAUGAUAGGAAACAUCUUUGUCCAACAGCCAAAUUACUACAACGACCUGGAUGAAACCCUGCCCACCAUCCUUCAGGUCUUCAGCAAUAUCCUCCAGCACUGUGGCUUGCAAGGGGAUGGGGCUAGUUCCACACCCCAGAAGCUUGAGGAGAGACGCCAGUUGACCCCCCACAACAUGCCUCUCUUGGAAUUAAAGGACGUUGUUCUCUACCUUUGUGAUACCUGCACUACACUAUGGGCCUUUCUGGAUAUCUUCCCAUUGGCCUGCCAGACAUUCCAGAAGCACGACUUCUGUUGCAGACUCGCUUCCUUUUAUGAACUAGCAGUUCCCGAGCUGGAGUCUGCGAUUAAGAAGAGGAGACUUGAAGAUCCCAAGCUGCUCAGUGAUCUGUGGCAGAGGCUCUCCCAUUCCAGGAAGAAGUUGUUGGAGAUUUUUCACAUCCUCAUGAGCCAGAUCUGCCUUCUCCCGAUUCUUGAAAGCAGCUGUGACACUAUUCAGAGUUUUAUCGAAGAGUUCCUGCAGAUCUUCUCCUCCUUGCUACAGGAGAAGAGGUUCCUCCGGGACUACGACGGGCUCUUCCCUGUGGCAGAUGACAUCAGCUUGCUCCAGCAGGCCUCCUCACUCUUAGACGAGACACGGGCAGCCUAUAUCCUGCAGGCAGUAGAGAGUGCGUGGGAAGGAGUGGACCGACGGAAAGCCACCGACGCUAAGGGACCCCCAGCAAUUGAGGAUCCUUGCAGGGCUGAUGAGAGCACGUCCUCGGCACAGGCAGGGACAUCAGUGGAAGAAGAGUGCCUGGGGGCCGCAGCUGCCCUGCCCCCCUCUGUGAGCGGUGUGGAGCUGGACUCACUUAUCUCGCAAGUGAAGGACCUGCUGCCCGACCUCGGAGAGGGCUUCAUCCUGGCCUGCCUGGAGCACUACUGCUAUGACACGGAGCAGGUGAUCAACAACAUCCUGGAGGAGCGGCUGGCCCCCGCCCUCAGCCAGCUGGACCGCAGCCUAGACAGACAGGUGAAGCCAGACCCCACGCCCCUGGUGACAUCUCGCCACAACGUCUUCCAGAAUGAUGAGUUCGAUGUGUUCAGCCGGGACUCGGUGGACCUAAGCCGGGUGCACAAGGGCAGAAGGAAGGAGGAGACAGCGCGGAACCUGGUGAAUGAUAAACGGGAGAUUUUGGCCCAGCGGCAGCGCUACGAGCAUUACAGUGUGGUGGUGGAGGAGGUGCCCAUUCAGCCAGGUGAGGCCCUGCCCUACCGGGGCGAUGACUACGAGGAUGAGUACGAUGACACGUACGAUGGCAACCAGGUGGGCGCCAACGAUGCUGACUCGGAUGAUGAGCUCAUCAGCCGCAGGCCCUUCACGAUCCCUCAGGUGCUGAGAACCAAAGUGCCCAGGGAAGGGCCAGAGGAAGAGGAGGAGGAAGAAGAAGAGGAGGCAGGGGACGAGACUUCCAAGCCUGACCAUUUUGUGCAGGACCCCGCCGUGCUGCGAGAGAAAGCAGAAGCUAGGCGCCUGGCCUUCCUGGCCAGGAAGGGGCACCGGCAUGACAACUCCACGGCAGUGGCUGGCAACUCUAGGGGCCAUGGGCAGAACCGGGAGACAACCCAGGAGCGCAGAAAGAAAGAAGCCAGCAAGGCAACACGUGCCAACCACAACCGGAGGACCAUGGCAGACCGAAAACGCAGCAAAGGCAUGAUCCCCUCGUGAGGCGGCAGGGCCAGAGCCUGGGCCCCCCACUCCAUGUCAGCACCACCCCUCGACCACCUCAGCUUUGCAGCCCCUGAGAAGGCCACCUUGUCGUCCACCAGCCAGCCGUGAGCGCCUUCCUGCAGAACACACAGUGCCUUAUUCCACGGCAGAGGGACCAGCGGGGCCGGCAAGUAGGCAAAAGGGACAGGGACAGAGCCCCAAGGCGAGCCACUCAAACCUUGAGCAGCGAGAGGCCACGUUCCUUUUUCUUUCCUCUGGAUGGCAGGAAACCUGUAAUAUUCAAAACCAAACAAACCAACCAGGCCUGCAAAUAAAGUUUUUACUCUUUUGAGCAAUGAUCCCUGAUCAUUGCACCCAGCCCGUUUCCUAUUCCCCAUACUGCAGUGAUAUCUUCUUCUGGAGAAGAGGCCCACAUAGUCACUGGGCUCUCCGCUCCCUGCAGACUCAGCCUCUCAUGGUAGCCCCUUGGUGUGGGACCCUGAGCAGAUCACCUCCUUUGCUGGGCCUCUGGUUUUGCUUGUGGAAAGAUGGGCUGAAGGGGCUUGACACCCUGCACGCCUGUCCCAUUACUCAGCUCUCAUGUCUACCAUCCAAGGGGUCAGUGCCCAGUAGCCCU